AUUUGAUAAGAUUAGGUUGCUUCUUUCAUACCAAAAAAUCAAAGCUUUGGCGGGCUAUCUGGAAUAGAGCGGGUAAAGAAAAAGAGUGAAUCGAUCAGUAGAUUUACGGUAGCUUCAACCCUUGAGCGAGUUUUCUGUGGGUUAAUUUAGAGUGAGCAACAUGGAAGAUAAUAAAUCAUUAACAGUUAUGUGUUCAGUUUUAGGCGUGGAUAACACAAAUUUCUGUUACAGAGUCUGCUCAGUGUGUGAGAGGACUCUCCCUGAUGACCCAUCUUCACUCUGCAAAUUCUGCAACUACAAUAUCAACAACUCUGUCUCCUCUUCCAAACGUCUCUUCCGUCUCCUUAUUUCUAUAGCAACGGACACAAAAGUUAAGGUGGUGAUAUGUUUUGAUCGGGCUGCUAGGGUUUUGUUCGGUUGCUCUGCUGAUCACUUCUUUGAUUUUGCCAAGCUUCACCCCUUUGCUGCUGUGACAGCCAGUAAAGUUCUACAGGGAGAGAUUUUUAAAAUGACGCUCACCAAACCAAAGAACGGUAAUGCACAACAUCUGCGUGUAGCAACAGUUGUUCCUUUGAGUUCAGGGUUCAGGCCAGCAAUUGAGAUUUUGAGAGAAAAGUAUGGGGUAAGAGUUGGCUCUUGAUUAUUGCUGUGAAAUAUUGAAUUGAUAUGUGGAUCAUUAAGUACUCCUGUAUUACAUUUUGUUGACGCUGCUUACUGGCAAUAUAUUCUAUAGUCUCAGUUGUUAAAUAAGCAAUUUUGAUCA